AUGGGCUCGUGCAUCUCGCACUCCCCGGCCUCGUCGCCGGCAGGCUCAUCGGGGCGGAGACCGGCCAUGGCGAAGGUGGUUGGCCUGGACGGCUCCAUGACGCAGUAUGCGGCGCCAGUCACGGCGUGCGAGGCCCUGGGGAACGACGAGCGCAACGGAAACGAGUCGGUCUUCCUGUGCAGCUCCGACGAGCUCCGCUUCGACGCGGCCCCGCGCGCGCUGGCGAACGAGGAGGAGCUGCAGCCAGGAUGGCUCUACUUCCUGCUCCCCGUGUCCAUGCUCCACGUCGCGCUCCGCAGGUACGAGAUGGCGGCCCUCGCCAUCAGGGCCAGCUCGGCGCUCGCCGUCGUCAGCGGCGUCGCGUCCCCUCCCCGCCUCAAGAACGUGGUUGGCAACAAGAGCAAGCAACGGAAAACGGCUCGAGUGGCGCCCCUUGUCAGCCCUGGCCAGCACGCCGAACUUGCAGACGGUGAAUGGAGUCAGCACGCGUACGGCAAAUAUGGUGGCGCUCGCAAGACAGUGCGCGGCGGCAGUGCUGAGACAGCUGGGAAGACGAGGAAGAGAUCGGGCUACAGAAGUCGCGGCGCCCGCCAUCGUCGUCGUGCGGCAGACGACGUGCCGAGGUUAAGCGCCACUAGAUUUAGAUGUGCGCCUUGGCGCACGACCCCGUAA